AUGUACUCCUGUGAAUAUUAUGCGUGCCUCAACUACCAUCAAUGCGGUCAAAACGGACGCUGCGUACCAUGGACUCACUACCCGUUCUACUACUGUGAGUGUGACGCGGGAUAUUUCGGGAACACCUUCAACAACACCACUCACAUGCACAACUGUAACAAGCACGCGUGCCGUCUCCAGUCGUGCAGCCAUCACGGUGCGUGUGUUCCGUCCAUGGUCGACCCGUACUUCACCUGCAUGUGUGACUACGGAUAUGCCGGGGACCAGUGUGAGAAGAAAGUCGCAACUACAACGGGAGCUCCGCUUCAAACCAUGACGUCAUCAGCUGUUUCAAGCACGUCCACAGUGAUCGUUCAGUCAACAACAUCACCCAAUAACAUGACAGAGUACAAGUUUUGUCUGGCAUGCACGGAUGCAGUUUCUCCCCAUACUUGCGACCACGUGACCAAAUGCGGCAUACACGAGAGUUGCUACGUUGAUACAUUCGUUACAUCCAUGGGAACACUUCGCUACAGCAUGGGUUGUAGAGAUGCAUUGCAAUGCGAAACGCCUGUAUCGCGAAGUAGGAAGUCAAGUUCUGAGAGUGUCGCCGAGGACAACUCGGGAAAUUCCAAGGCUUCAACCGAGUCCUACAGUGAAGACUCGGGUGUUCCCAUCGUUUGUUCCGUGUGUUGUAACGGCUCCUUGUGUAAUAGUGGCGGCUGCGGAUAUGACCAGUUUCCGGUGUUUUCCGCUAACACUCGUGGUCCUGUGUGCUUCGACUGCGCCCAACAACGUAGAACCGACGACUGCGACAAAAUACGUAUCUGUAGUAGGGAUGAGGUUUGCGAACUUCGGAAGACGACAGUCGGUACAGAUAGCGAGAUUCUCUGGACAACGCAGUGCCUCCACACUAACGCAUGCCCAGCCGCUACUUCACACAUUCUUGUUGGCAGGAAACGUCAAUCCACAGCGGGUUUGGCUGACAAUAUGUGUUGUGGUGAAGACCUAUGCAACCACGUCGUGUAGAGUUGCCAUUUCGUGUACUAUGUUUGCAAACUACAUAGUAAAUAAAUUCUAUUAUUUUGUU